AUGGAACUUUCAACGAUUGAGCAGCUGAACCUGCAGGUCAGCCCAUCUGAGAUCGAAGAAUGGUUCGAACGAUUCGAGCUGUGGGGCAGUGUUCGCAAAAGUGGUGCACAAAAUCAAACAGCCCUAUUUCUUACUGCUGGCGGUUGUGACCUGUACUCUCUGUUGAAAAACCUGGCGUUCUCUGAGGCUCCGCCUAAAAUACCAUACGAGUCCCUGAAGUCGCUACUGCUCAACCACCUGCUGCCCACUGAAUUCCAAGCACACGAAGGGGUCAAAUUCAACUCCAUGAUUCGUGCUGAUCAUAUUUCCCUCCGUGACUUCAUCCUUCAGCUGAACAAACAGGCAUCACGCUGCAACUAUGGUGAUCGUCUGGGAGAACAAAUAUAUGACCGCUUGGUGGCAGGUAUUAACAAUCUGACUCUCUGA